UUUAUUACAGUAAUAAUAAAAUAUCCAUAACAUUUCCAUAGCAGCAGAUUUCAUCUACUUUAAAAUUCCUUCCACGUCUGCGCAUGGGUUUGGCAAUCAUGUCAUGUCGUAACGUACAUGGCUACACUGCCAACAGGGCACCUUCGCUCCGAUCGAUGGCUCUCUGUCAACAAUGUACUUUCUUCUGAAAUAUUUAUGAAAUAACCCAACAUACGUACUAAUUACUUCUAUAACGCUAGAAAUAAGCGUUGAAUACGUAUUUAUGUCGCUUCGUUUCAAAGUUGAUAGUGAAAGGUGACAAGUGAAAGUGCGGUGCAUGUCAGAGAGUGACUGGUAUUGUUGUAGCUAGCAUAUGCGUGCGGAUUCCUGGCGAAUGUUACGUAAUUAAAGGGCCAUGUCGUGGGCCAAGAAGCCGGGAGGGCCGCCCGGAGAGCAGGCGGCCUUCAACCCUCAGCAAUUCAAUAACCAACAAAACAUGUAUCCGGGCUACGCAGGGGCGCCACCACAACAGUGGCCUCAACAACCACAACAACAACAACAAAUACCACAGCAACAACAGCCACAAUAUAAACAAUACCCCUUCCAACCGGAGUACCCCAAUGCCAACCAAAUGUAUCAGCAACCUUACAACCAGAACUACCCAGGCUACCAACCCCAACCUGGCUACCAAUACUACCCAAACCAACCGAACCAGCCUCCGCAGGGCCACACAGAUGCCUGGGAAGACAACUGGGACUGGGGAUGGGAUGAAUCAGCCAAACAGGCCCAACUUGCUGCCCAAAACCAACCCCAAGCGUUCAACAAUGCAAAUGUCAUAGAAGAAAGCUUUGCUUCAACCGAUACUUGGAAUUGGUCCAUGGAAGACAAGAAAGAAGAGAAACCUGCUGAGACCCAAGAAGUUAAACCUGAACCACCCAAAGAGGAUGUUAAGCUAAGCGAUAAAGAGGUGGUUAAGGAAAGGCUGCCGAACUUAGCGCUUGGGAAAAGAUUGAACUCUGACUUAACACCUCAGUGGUCCAUUGAAUCCCAAAUGUCUCAGGAAUCAAGCGAUCCGCUCCACUCCGAAAGCACAUAUCGGAGCGAAAAUCAAUCUAGGAAUUCUACGAAAAGUAGCCCGGGGCAUAACGAUACAACUAACUUCAAUUUCCACGGGGAAGAGCUAAUGCCCCCCAUCGAUUGGCCUACGCCGACUGUUGAAGAGAUCGAGCGUAGGGACCGGAAAUCUGACGAGCUCGCUUCUUCAAUGCAAGAAAUGAGCAUCGCUAACGAUGAGGCACAGGAGCGACAUGAGGCGCCUUCGCCGUCAAGGUCCCCUGCCAGUAUACCUCCUCCUCCCGUCUCAAACUUACCACUACCCCCUACUAACUUCCCGGCGUCAAGCCAGAACCCCUUUAAAAACACUGGCUCGUUCUCCCAUAAAAGCACUCCUAGUAAAUCCACCACGCCUAAUCAACCUUUCCCAGGGAUGACGGCCUUGAAUUCGCCGGCAGCAGUCAACAAAGUCCAGCACAGAACCCCAGUAGGCUUUGGAGCGAACCUAGAGACGACUCCGGACAAUUCUGAACGCCCAGACCAGCCUCAGGUGGCUUUCAGACCACUGCCAGUUAAUCCACAGGUACCAGACAAUUUGGAAGUCGCGCCGCAGAACGAUAGGAACGAGUAUUUGCAGACGGCGCAUCUGUCGACUGGUGAUUAUGAGAAUACUGACUUCAGUAGGGGCUUGCCGCCUCCACCGGGAUUAAGGAGGAUGGUUGUAGGCCAACAGGAGUCUAAUGCAGACGAGCCCCCGCCAGGUUUAGCUCGCAUGGUGCCUGGACAGCAGACGGAAGCAGACAACUCCUACAACCAACCGGACAACUACAUGGAUAGACACAUAGAUGGUCAGCCUACGGACGAGAAUCCCCGCCCGUACCGCCAAGCCGACGGUCAACAGACCCCCGACUACUCCCAACCUCAAAGAACACGACCCAUAGGCAGGAUGGUUCCCGGCGAACCGAGCAACGACGAAUACCCUCAAUACCAAGCUGGUUACAACGAGCACAGAGUCGUAACAGGCGUGGACCAUGAUUACCCGAACGCCGGACCUUCUGAUAUACGAGAGCAGAACGUGGACGGUUCAGACUAUUCGGAACCACCUAGGAACCCUUUCAAUGUCCGCGGAAGCUCUAACGAUGUAUCCACCGAUUAUAAUGGACCUCCUGAAGAGCAGCAACGGGAAGUCAUGAUGGAAGGCGAGAAUCUUCAGGAUCUAAGCGCCGUCGCGUCUUCUGAUUUAACUUAUACCAGAGAACACUUCGAUGGCGCUGAUACCAACGCAACAGAUCCAGGAACGGACAGAAAGACCGACUUAUCCGAGAACGACCAUCCGGUGUCGAGCUCGCGACGUCAAUCUAUCAACAGGACGUCGGGAGAAGAUUCAGAGCGAGAUAGAAUCAAAUCAAGCCCAAGGAGGGACAGAAAACACAAGUCCUCGAGAGACAAGGACAGGGACGAUGGGAGAUACUCAAGAGACAGGAAGUAUGAUAGAGAUGGGAGGCCCGUAAGGAGAGAGCGGGAUGACAAGGAUAGGAGGGAGAGGAGAGAUGGGAGAGAAAGAGAGGCGAGUCCUGAGAGUAGGAAACAUCGUCGCGGCACGAGGAGUCGUCGGUAUGAGACGGAGGAUACGGAUUACUAUAGCGACAGGGAAAGAGAACGCAGACGUUACCGCGAAGGCUCGUACUCGUCCAAGCCUCCCCGCCCGGACGACUACCGUCGUUACGACGACCGCCAUCGCUACAACACGAUCGAGCGCGACCGUCGUUACGACGACGACGAGCGACGUCGCUACGGACGAUACAGGGACAUUGACCCCAACCGCAAAUACGGGAGCUUGAGGAGAGACGAGGAGAGAAGAGUCGUGACGUUUUCGGGUGACGUCAAAGACCCCGAUAUAAAAGGCGACCCGUACUCGUCUCCUUCCCGCGCGGAGUCCCGCGACGCGGGUCCCACCGACGACGAGUUGAACGAUACGCUCGCGUCGACAGAUUCCCGUCGUCGGUCUGACAGGGACCGAGAGCGGGACAGACAUAGGCGUCGGCACCGUACUGAUGCGUACUACGAUGGCUACGGCAGCGUAUACUCAGACCCGUACGCGCUCCAACGCCAACAAUACCAGUACUACGAGCACUUACGCCUCACCAACCCCACCCGCUACAUGGAGAUAUACAAGCAAAUCAUGGCCGGGCAACCGCCGCCACCCCCGCCACCCGAAUAUCUGGCCGCGGCCAGCAAAAUCACCGCUAUGCAAGGCUACGGCGCUCUCGGCUACGACAACAGAGGCGCAGAGGGCGGCAGCGUACAUUCCGGCCGCUCGAGCGCCAACGGGCUGAAGGGAACUGACACGUACUAUGGGAGAUAUGACGCUUCGCUUCGAGACGCGCCUUCGCUUCGCACGGAUCUUUCGGACAGGGAGUUGAAUACCGACGCUUCCUUGAACCUGCACCUGGAAGAUUCCACGGUACGCUCAGAAAGGAUGACGCCGUUCAAAUUCUCUACGGCUCAUGUUAAGGGCAACAUCUCAUCCCGGCACAUAGUGGUCGUUCGUCCGUCUUACCCCGUGGACGGUCUGCCCGCGACCGUCCAGAUCGUCUCUCUGUCCGCGUCGCUAGCCUCAGACCCCAGUGUGAAAGAGCUGGUCCAAUAUCCCGGGCCACUUGUCAAAGGAGUCACCCAUAAGAAGAGCGUGAUAGAGUACUGCGCAAGCCGCAUUCGAAACGCCGGAGGCCGCGGCGACGUCAUCGGUUACGUGUUGCUCUGGCAGCUGUUGGCUUUGUUACUCAAGCAAAAUGGGGUGGUGGUCGGUAUCGACAUCGCCGAGCUUUUGAUGAAGAACAAACGUGACUAUGAAUUCAAUACUAACGCGAAAGAUAAGGAAAAAGCCGAUGGUCGAGGAUCGAGUGUGUCAGAGGAGGACACCAAUGGAGCACCCGCGACAGAGCAAACCCCACCCGUAGAGCCGAAUUUCGCGCGGCAGAGCGGCAUCGACGAAAAAGCCGCUUUGGACCAAUUGAGAGAAUAUCUGACUUAUGGAAACAGGCAGGAGGCUAUCGAAUGGGCGAUGUCCCACAACCUGUGGGGCCACGCGUUCCAGCUGUGCGCGCACGCGGACCGGCGGACGCGCGCCGCCGUCGCCGCGCGCUUCGUGGCGGGCGUGCCGCGCAACGACCCGCUGCACACGCUCUACCACACGCUGGCGGGCCGACAACCUCCCGAGUCUGAGUGGGGUGACUGGCGUGCACACGCCGCCAUCAUACUGUCUAACACUUCGGCAAAACCAGAGAACGAAACAAGGACGCUUACGCAACUUGGUGACUCCCUCACCGCCCGCGGCCUCCUCUACUCCGCCCAAUUCUGCUACAUCUCCGCCCGCGUGCCCUUCUCCCGCCACCCCCUCGCCCCGUUCGCCCCGCCCCCCUCCGUGCCGACCUCUCCCCCUCGCCUCGCGCUACUCCUCGCCGACUCGAGGGCCGACUCGCUCAACCAGCUCGCUACGAACGAGGCGAUAUUCGCUACGGAGAUAUACGAGUACGCGCUUUCGCUGAGCCAGGAUUAUUGUAUCGGGGAAUUGCAGGCGUAUAAAUUCCUUCUGGCGUGUCGUUUGGUGGACGCCGGAGAGUACGAACGCGCAUUGGCGUAUACGGAGGCGCUGGCACGGGCUGUGACGCGUUCGCCGCGGGACUAUCCGCCGCAGCUAGUUGCACAGCUUUACCAGUUGGCGGACAGGCUCAAAUAUCACGAUCCGGCACUGAACGAAGACCCACCCCUAGUAGAAGAGGGUGAACAGAGUGAACCCUCCCCACGCCAUCAGCAAUGGCUCGAUGACGUCGCCGGGGUGGCACAAGUGUUAGAGGCGGAAGCGGAAGCGUCGAAACAAGCUACGCCCGUGCACCAACCACCAGCGGUCGAAAUGUACGCGCCCACACAGUACUCGUGGGAGCAGACCCAACAGGCGCCACCUGCACCAGAACUGUACAACACUCAACCGUUACAAUCGGCGUACCCGGAGCCCUACCAACCCGAGCCCUAUCAACCCGAGGAGCCCUACUACCCGCGUCAGCAGUCCACCGAGUACGCGGAUCCGGAGUAUUGGCCGCAAGACCAGUAUCAAUACGAGCCUCCGCGCGUAAGUACCCGCCGCGCCCCCACCGCCCGCGUCCCGCCCCGCACACUACACACCCUCCCCUCGUUCGACGAGUCAUUAGAAAUGAUCGAAUACCAUCGCUCGCCCGGCCUACGCAAACGCAUACACCCUAAGAACAAAACCGUCAAUGUAGGUUUCGAAAGAACGUCGCCCGGUAGGAUGCGCACUAUAUCGCGGGGGAGCAGCGAGUCAAGCGAUAGCAAAAAGAAACCUCUGUCCGACCUGGAUAUACAGAUAGCGCAUAGCCCGCAACUAGGCGUCUCGGCCAACGAGCCUACUAAAUCGCAAAUGUUCGAAGCGAACAGGCGAGGACGCUAUGGUAAAGUCAUAAGCAACACCGUAGACACAUGGGCGAGACAGACAAUCCACGUCCGUGACGGCACUUAUAAACCUCUCAUAUUCGGCGGGACUUAUCCUAUAGAAGUACCCGCGUCACCGCCCGAAGAAAAAGAAAAACCGUUAAAAAAAACAGUACCCGUCGCUGAAGUGAAAGCUACUAUGGACCAAGCGACACACAGGCGAGAGUUAAAGAAGACUAUCGAACGCAGCUUAGACAGAUUCGAAGCGAUACUCGCCAAAAGAGAUCCCACCAAUAAAAGGCAGGCGUUUUCGAAACGCGUUGUCAACACUUUCGAUAUAGAUGAGCCGGUGAAUGUUGGUGAGACGAGAGAUGUCCUGAAAGACAAGGAUGCGAGAUACUACGUGUCGGGGCCGAAGACGUUUAAUAUUGACGAACCUGUGGCGUUUAUUUAAGGUGCAGUGGGUUCAGGUCCGAACGCAGCGCUCUGAGCACUGAGCGGACGGCUGUGUGUGCCCGGGAACGAGGAUAUCAUUUUUAUUGAUAUUUAUUUUUAACAAAAGAUCAAUAAAGAUUAAAUAAUCGACGAGUUCGAUCAAAAAGAACAACACGCAUUUUUAGAAGCAAUUUUCAUAAAGCUUUUGUGUAAAAAUAAUUACCAAUUUUACUAGUGCGUUUGCGACCUAUAUUCGUGUUUUUUUCUAUCGAAGGAAAGUUGUUUAAUCAGGUCAGAUCAAAUCGAUGAAGUUACUAGACAUGCCUCAAGAUAUCUAUUCAUAUUUUUUGCCAACCGUAUUAUGAUAUAAAAAUGAGCUACGGUUUUUCAAAACCUGCUGGCUGAACCUACUGCACCGUAAGUAUUUCAGGGCGGCAGAAGCUGCAUUUGAUGAUAAUGAUAUUAUUAUUUAAAAGAGGGUUAUUUAUUGAUAGAAAGAAAUUAACAAACAUAAUAAAACUUACAAGUAAAUAAGUUUAUCAAAAAUGAAAAAUAACUAAUUAUUAAAGUAAAGAUGCUGAGCACGAAGAAUUUUGUACAUUGACACGCCAUUUCCCAUUUAUAUCGCACGCGCAUAAUUUUAUUGCUUUCCCGCCGAUGUAACCGCGGUCGAUGCCACUGAAUGAGCGGGACAGCAAUAUUAUUAUGCGCGAGCGAUAGAGAUAGGAAUGGGCGUGUCAAUGUACGAAAUUAUCCGUGCUUAGUGUAAGUACAAUUGUUUACAAUAAUUAAAUUAAUUGCAGCUAAAGAUUUUUUUAUAAUAUAAUUUAAUUGUUUAUACAUACACGUACCUGUACCUAUUUCAUUGUGGUACUAAUAUGUGGCAUUGAACUUUUUUUUUAUAUACGAACCAAUGUACAAUUUCAAGUUGAAUAGUUUUAUAAUUAUAAAAUAAGAGACAGGUCCUCACAUAACAAGUGCUAUCAUGCUAUGUACAGUCAGCAGCAGAAGUUGCUAAGCGGGCGAGGUGUUCAAAAUUACCUUAACACGCUCUUUUUCUGUUAACAAUAAAGUCGCGUCAAGAUCAUUUUGAACACCUCGCCCGCAUAGCCACUUCUGCUGCUGAUUUUUUCACCAAUGUUUACGCAGUUGAUUUUUUUGUAAACCUUUUUACCGUGCGGUACGUUAAAUAUAUAAGCUUUUUAUAGAAAAUAUACUAUAGUCAAAGAUGUGUAGGAAAAAUGUGAUUUUGUUCUAAAGUAUUAAAACGUUAGUUGAAUAGUUAUUAAUGUAAGGACGAUAAGCACGAAGAAUUUCGUAUAUUGACCCCCGCCCCUUCGAUAUUACUGCCCCGCCCAUGAUGCCGGCGGUCCAUAUGGCACUGUGCGAGCAGAAGAGCAGUAUAUUUAUAUGCGUGCGAUAGAGAUAGGAGCAGGCGGGUCAAUAUACGAAAUUAUUCGUGUUUAGCGUCCUUACUAUACACUUUUUAUUAAAAAUUAUAUGAAGUUUUGUGACAUACGAGGGUUGCACUGAAAAUGUCGGGAAUAGAGAAUACUGUCGCAUCUAGACAGUCAA